AUGAUUCCUGUCACAGUUGCUGGGAGGCAACUGUCGCGGCUGGCCCCUAGAACGAAGCUUGUGCCUUGCAGAAAAAUUGCGUCGCUAUCCUCUGAGAAAAGCCUCCCCUUGCAGGGAAUUAAGGUCGUGGAUCUCACAAGAGUUCUGGCUGGAAUCACCAAAAUCGAGCACCCGGUCCGCGGCGACGACACGCGACAAUGGGGUCCACCUUACGCCCCUUACCUCGAUGGCCGGAGCGGACCUGGCGAAAGUGCAUAUUACCUCUCGGUGAAUCGCAACAAGAAGUCGGCGGGUGUCUCCUUUCAGCAUCCAGAAGGUGCAGAUAUCAUCCGAGAACUAGCACGAACCGCCGAUGUAUUUGUCGAGAACUUUCUACCUGGGACGCUGAAGAGAUAUGGACUGGACUUUGCGACUUUGGAAAAGACGAAUCCACGGCUGAUAUACGCGAGUAUAACUGGAUACGGUCAGUACGGCCCAUACCACGACCGGGCUGGAUAUGACGUGAUGGUGGAAGCAGAGAUGGGAUUGAUGCAUAUUACGGGGACGAGAGAUGGUCCGCCAGUCAAGGUUGGCUGCGCGGUCACAGAUCUGACCACGGGCAUGUACGCCUGCAACAGCAUUAUGGCGGCACUUCUCGAGAGGCACAACUCGAAUCGAGGACAACAUCUGGAUGUGUGUCUGAGCGACUGUCAGGUUGCUACAUUGUCGAACAUGGCCGAAUCUGUCUUGAUCUCGAAGAAGAGGGACAGUGGCAGAUGGGGCACUGCACAUCCUUCUGUCGUACCUUAUCGAGCAUUCAAGACGUCCGAUGGAGACGUUCUUUUCGGCGGCGGCAAUGACCGACUCUUCGGAAUUCUAUGUACAGGACUAGGGAGGCAGGAGUGGGCCAGUGAUGAGCGCUUUGCUACGAAUGCAGCACGGGUUGCAAAUCGGAGCGUCCUCGAACCGGCCAUUGAGGAGAUCACCCGGCAGAAAACGACGCAAGAGUGGCUCGACAUUUUCGACGGCACAGGCCUUCCGUAUGCCAAAGUCAACGACCUGAUGGACACGCUCAAUCACGAACACGUCCGGGCCCGCGAUAUGGUCGUCUCGGUGGACCACCCGAGCUGCGGUGUGAUAGACCUAGUCAACACGCCCAUCAAGUAUUCACGCUCUCGACCUUCGAUACGAUCGCCACCACCUCUACUUGGACAACAUACGGAUGAGAUUCUGAGGACAGCUCUGGGAUUGGCACCUGAAAAGAUCCGUGAUUUGAGAGCUAGUGGUGCAGUUGGCUGA